GUUAAAAGAGUUCUCAAAUCCUUCCAUGUCCUUAGGUGAUCUUGAUCUGAGUUAUAAUCAACUUCAAGGACAGAUUCCAAUAUCCUUGUUUAAGCUCUCAGCCCUCGAGUCACUCUGCCUAUCAUCAAACAACUUUAAUGGAACGAUGGAGCUCGGCAUGAUAAGAAACCUCACGAACUUAACAGAGCUCGACCUCUCUCGGAACAAUAGAUUAUAUGUACAAGAAGAUAGUGGUGUUAAUUAUUCCGACACCUUUUCCAGACUUAAUUAUUUAGGCUUGGCGUCAUGCAACCUCAUCAAAGUGCCUGUGUUUCUAAGAUAUCAACAUGAACUCGAGCAAUUGGACCUUUCUGAUAACAAGAUUAGCGGCGGAAUACCAGAAUGGAUUUGGGGAUUAGACGAGGGAUAUUAUUUGAAUCUCUCCAUGAAUAAAUUCACUCAUUUCAAAGGCCCACAUAUUCUCUCUUGGAAACAUGGUGAUAUCGGUGCUCUUGAUCUCCAUUCAAACUCACUUCAGGGACCAAUUUUUCUUCCUUCGACGACAUUCAGAUUCAUAGAUUACUCAAACAAUAGCAUCUCAUCAGUUAUCCCGCCUAACAUUUCCUCCUAUCUUUUAUACUGCACUCAUCUUCUGCUCAGGAACGAUAAUCUUACUGGAGAAAUCCCAUCAUCCAUCUGUGAAGCACAAUAUCUCCAAGUCCUCGACUUGUCUGGAAAUAGUUUGAGUGGUUCAAUCCCUUCGUGUCUAUUCGAUAUCAAAUCUCUUACUGACUUGAAUCUAAAAGGGAACAAAAUUCAAGGGGAAAUUCCUAGACAUUUUAGUAAAGAAUGCAUGCUGGAGUCAUUGAUCCUCAGUGACAAUCGUUUGAAAGGUCCAAUUACUCGAACUUUGCUCAAUUGUGGGUCGCUAAAGGUUUUAGACCUUGGGAACAAUCAGAUUGUUGGAGGUUUUCCAUCUUGGUUGGGACAAAUGAUUAACAUCUCUGUUCUAGUUCUUCGAGGAAAUGCACUUCGUGGGCAAGUCAAAGUUACAGAAAAUCCUGAGGCAAAUAACAUAUUUUUGAAAUUGCUGAUAUUUGAUCUAUCUUCCAAUCACUUCAAUGGAAAUUUGCCUUCAAAUUGUUUCAACAAUCUAAAGUCCAUGAUGAGUUUCUCCACUAAGAAUCUAAGUGAUGACAUAAUUGAUAAAGAUGGUUAUAACUAUGAAGUUUCAGUCACAACUAACGGGUAUGAAUAUACCUUUCUGAGAAUAUUAGCGAUAUCAUAUACGUUUGUGGAUUUCUCAAAUAACAACUUUGAUGGUAAUAUUCCUGAGGCGAUCGGUAAACUCCAAGGCCUUCACAUGUUGAAUUUAUCACGAAAUUCUCUCACAGGAAAGAUUCCUUCAGUAAUUGGAAACAUGAAGCAACUUGAAAGAUUGGAUCUUUCUGCAAACCAUUUGUCUGGACAGAUUCCUCAAGAAUUGACUUCUCUCACGUUCUUAGCUUUUUUGAACCUUUCUAGCAACAAUCUAACGGGAAGAAUUCCUCAAAGUAAUCAGUUCUAUACAUUUCCGAAUGCUUCUUACCUGGAUAACGAUGGACUCUGUGGAAGUCCGUUAUCAAAGCAAUGCAACAACGGAAGCCCAAAUCAGACAAGUGCAGUGCAACCUACAACCUCUGACCAUUCAUCACCGUCAACCUAUAUCAUUGUACUUGCGCUAUUAAUCGGCUUGGGAUUUGGAGUAGGAUUUGCGGUGACCUUUGUGCUUCGCUAUGUGCAAAUGAAAUUUUGGAAAAGGCAAAAUACUACCAACAUCUAGCUAUUCUUGAGCCCUUUUUUAUCUCUCAUGUUUUCAUGGUUUUUAAAUAUAAAUGCCCCUUUUUUAUCUUUCAGCUUUUCAUGUUUUUUAAAAUAUAGCUGCUGAAGCUUAGAUUGGAUACGAAGAAAUA